AUGGAUGCUUGGAAAGGUCUUCAAAUUGAGGAGGAUGUCCUGGAAUCAUUCUUGAAAAAAUGUGAUAGUUCAUCAUCAUUGAUUCCUGGUCCGGUUGGGAAUGUGCAGGCAGCUAUUAUGAAUAGGAUAAGUAAUGACACCCGUACUACCCAACAAUUUGCUGAGGAAGUUGCAAAAGCAACUUAUGAAAGAGAUUUCAAUUCAAAUCCAUGGAAAUGGGCUGAGAUGUACAUCGAACACCAUGAUAUUGUGACAGAUGGUGAUAUUAAUAAUGUGAACCAACUACAUACAGCAAAAUCGGUGUCAACCCUUCACCUUGUUGCUUGUAUUGUUAAGGAGUGUCACCCAAAUGGAUUGGGUGAUAUGAAACUGACUCUAAAGGACCCUACUGCGACUACGAAGGCGUCCUUACAUAACAAAGUUCUUAAAGAUCCAAAUUUUGGUCAACAUAUCGGUGUUGGUUGCGUUAUGAUACUUAACAAUGUUCGUACAUUCAGUGUUUUUCCCCCAAACUGUUACCUUAACAUAGUACUUCCAAAUGUAAUCAAAGUCUUUGCCGCUGACAUAUGUCCUCCCACUAAAGAACUCGUCAUGGAGACACAGAAACCAGUCAUUCGACCCCUUGUACUUGAAGAACCAAAUAUUGCUGAAAUUAUGCGAAAAUUAAGAAAACCUCAUCAUCUACAACCAUCUACAUCGAAAGUGAAUUUGAAUCCUUUAAGGUCCUUCGUACUAAUGUUUACUAUAUUUGAUACUUUUAAAUUGGAAGACUGUAAUAAGUAUUUUGGAUGA